AUGUUCGCAAUAGAAGCCUUCUCUCCGAAAAUAUUUUGGAAUUAUUCGACGGACGAACAAGGACCUCUUCAAAAUCCAACGCUUCCUUCGAAACCUGCAACACCAUCACCGUACACACUCACGACAUUGGCUGGUAUGUCAAAUGUCAGUGGUGAUGGAGGCCCUAGCGUGAAUGCUCAGCUCAAUCAUCCCCGUGGUUUAUUCUGUCAUUACAACAUGAUUUCGAAUAAUUAUGAGUUAUAUUUUUGUGAUACGAAUAAUAUUAGAAUUCGAAAAAUUAAUUUACAAAAUGGAAUUAUUGAAACCGUUAUUAGUGAUCGUGACAAUGUGUUGCCUUCAGUCAACGAUGGAAGAUUAUCGAAUUUGGCAUUUCCAACAAGUUUAGCAUUAUCGAGUGAAAAUAUCACUGAAGGAAAUGUGAGCAUGGUGAAAACUACUGCAUUUGUGAGCGAUGGAACAAAGAUUAUUAAGGCAAGUUGGAGUGAACUCGUGUCAUGUUCUCCAGGUACAACGUGCAAAUCGAAAAUAGAUCUUCGAGAAAUUGAGGUACCUAUCAAUUUCCGUAAUGCUGCCUCUGUCACUGCCUACAGAAAUCCCAAACAAAAGUAUCGAACUGAAUGGCUUUUUGUCGAUUCCUACAAUGCAAUCAUUACAAAAAAUUAUUAUGAAUUUUCUGGACCAGAGAUUGUUCCCACACGACUGACUCUCAAUUUUGCUGGUUCAAGUUCAAAAGCAUUUACUGGAUUUGUACGACCUGAGAAAGUGUUUGCAGAUGUGAACAAUGAUCGAUUAUAUGUGACAGAUUUAGACGCUGGAGUUGUUUAUCAAUUUUCAUCCAUUCUUUCUGGAACGACAUUAACGUUGAAUCAUCAAUUUCCAAUUUCAGCACCAGGUGGAAUGUCAUUUACGAGAAAUGGAACGAUACUCAUUAGUGGACGAGGAACGAGUAGACUUUAUGAAAUUUCAAAGAAAAACGAAUUACUUUUAUAUAUGGGUUCAAGACCUGGAUUUGAUGGCGACGGAGGACGAGCCAAAGAUGCAAGAAUUAACUCUGCAGACGAUUUAAAUUAUUGUGACGGAAAUUUAUAUAUUGCUGAUACGUUCAAUUCGAGAAUUAGAAAAGUCUCUUUCGAUUCGAAUAUUAUUGAAACCUUUGCAGGAAAUUAUGAAUAUUCUGAAUCAGGAAUUGGAACUUCUGUUGUUUUAAAUGAUCCCACCUCUCUGAGUUAUAAUCCUCAAUUUCCAAAUGAGGUAUUAAUUGCUGACACAAACAGUAAUGUCAUUCGAUCUCUUGAUUUGACCACCAACAAUUUACAAACUGUGGCAGGAAACUACAAUCCAGGUCGUGUCAACUCAUCGAACAUUAUUCGACCUCAAUGUGCAGUGCGAGGACCCAAUCGAGAAUUAUAUAUUUGUGACACUUACAAUCAUCGAGUAUUAGUGAAAUAUGAAAAUGGAACGGAAGAAACAAUUGCUGGAAUUAUUGGCAGUUCAGGAUAUAGUGGCGAUGGAUAUUAUGCAAAGGACGCCAAGCUCUAUACUCCAACGAGUAUUGCCCUUAACAAGUUGGGAGAAAUAUUUAUUGCUGAUUCAGAUAACAAUAGAAUUCGAAAAAUUGACAAGGACGGUAUCAUUUCUACUGUGAUUGGAAUUGGUGAUCCAAAAAAUCCAUGUCCUCGAUCCAGUCAAUACAUUCAAAUGCCCGUCACCACAGCAUGUGUCAUUCAUCCAACAUCGCUACAAUUUGACAACGAAGGAUAUCUCUAUUUGAGUGAUGUUGGUCAUCACAUGAUUCGAAAAGCAAGCCCUGAUUUGACCACAGUAUAUAUUAUUGCAGGAAAUGGGCUCACUGAAUAUGUCAGAGACUCGGGAAUUACUGCUACCUCUGCAUCUCUCUUUUCUCCAAGAGGUCUAUUUGUCACCAACAAUGGAGAUGUCUUGAUUGCCGAUACAAGACAUCAUCUCAUUCGAAUUGUCACAAAAAAAGAUUCUUUAAUUUCAACGAUUAUUGGAACUGGAUUACGAGGAGACAGUAAUUCCUUCGAAAAUGCAACACUCAACAAUCCAUUCUCAGUCAUUGUCACAAAAAAUAAUGACAUUAUAUUUUGUGAAAAUAGUAACAACAAGAUUAAGAAACUUUCAUGUACACAAGGUCUCUAUGGAGUGUUGUGUGAACCUCAGAUGGAUCAAAAAAUUGUAAUAUUUAUUUCAGUCAUUGCUGCAACUGUUGCACUUGCCAUUUGUUGUGUGAUUACCAUUGUGGCUGUUCAAUGUUAUUACAACAUGAAAAAACGAAAAUCAUUCCAUCGAUUACGGGAACCUCUCGUUUAUCAACUCGAAGAACGUUUAUUACCCAUUAGUAAUGUCACCAUUAACAAGACCAAAAAAUUAGGAAGUGGUAGUAGUGGAACUGUUUAUUUGGGAUAUUGGGAUGAAGUUUUAGUAGCAGCAAAAAAAGUUGAAAAAUCAACCUUAACAGAACGAGAAGUUGAAUUUUAUAAGAAAUUGCGAAAUCCACAUAUUGUCACAUUUAUCUCCACGAAUACGAAUGGACGUGAAGGAAGCAUGUAUCUCAUUAUGGAAUAUAUGGGAGGAGGAUCUCUUCGAAAAUAUAUUUAUUCUCUUUCGAAAGGAACUGAAAAGUGUACCUUUGUUGACAAGUUAUGUUUAUUGAAAGGAGUUCUCAUUGGAUUGAAAUACCUUCAUGAAAACAACAUUACGCAUCGAGAUUUAAAACCUGAUAAUAUUUUACUCGAUGAAAGACAUCAAAUUGCAAAAAUCUGUGAUUUUGGAACGACUUUAAAAACAAGUGCAAAUCUGCAGGAAGAAACGACACUUGGAACUCCAGCGUAUUUACCUCUCGAUGGUGUCACGAGUAAAAAACCAAGUACCAAAGUCGACGUCUAUGCAUUUGGAAAAGUCAUGUGGGAAUUACUGUUCGAACGAUCACUGGAACAAGCAUCAAGUUCGCAUGAAGCUCCCAUUCCGUUCAAUUCUGCAGUUUCUUGUUUUACAUGGAUUAGUGACAAUCCGUUAGUUGGAAUUCAAUACAAGGAUGAAAGCAAUGAAGAUGAAUGUUUUAAACAAAUUGAAGCACAUUCAGAAAUUGUGUGGGAAUAUUGUAAAGUCAUGAAAGAUUGUUUGAGUCAGAAUGUCGAACAGAGACCAACUAUUUUUAAAAUUCUGAAUUUGUGUAAAUUAUGGAUUGGAAGAUUGGAUGAAAGUAAGAAGGUAGUAUCGAAUGUACAUGGUACAACAUUGACGUCGAGUUAUGUGAAUGUGGCAUUGACUGAAAAUUAUGUUCCAAUCGAGCUUUGA